AUGACACCAGAACAGAGUCCAGCAACUUCCCUCAUUGACAGGACCAUCAAGAUGAGGAAGGAGACUGAGGCACGGAAGGUGGUCUUGGCCUGGGGGCUCCUCAACGUCUCUGUUGCUGGCAUGAUCUACACUGAAAUGACUGGCAAACUCAUAAGCUCCUAUUACAACAUCACAUACUGGCCACUCUGGUAUAUUGAACUUGUGUUUGCAGCAGUGUUCAGCCUGAAUGCCUUGUUUGAUUUCUGGAUGUACUUCAAAUACACCGUGGCACCAACAAGCUUGGUCAUGAGUCCUGGCCAGCAGACCCUGCUGGGCUUGCAGAAUGCAGCUGUACAAACAACUCCACCACGUGAGCUGGCAGCAAAGAAAGUCCCAUCUUCCACCCCUUCCCCUCCCAUCCAGGGCCAGAGUGUGCUGAGCUACAGCCCGUCCCGCUCCCCCAGCGCCAGUCCCAAGUUCACUGCUGGUUGUGUCACAGGCUACAGCCCUCAGCUACAGGCUCUGUCCAACAGCCCUUCCUACAGCACCACUGCAACCUACUCACCAAGCAGCAGCUACAACAAGGUUUCCAGCUUCAGCCCCUCCCCUGGCGGGUCCCCGUUCCCCAGCAGUGUGGGGCCAAUGGAAGGUGGGGCCCUGAGGUCCCGGUACCGCUCCUCCCCCGUUCUCUACAACUCUCCCACGGGCAAGGAGGACUACAUGACUGACCUGAAGUCACUGGACACCUUCCUGAGGAACGAAGAAGAGAAGCAGCAGAGAGUUCAACUGG